CAUACUCUGAGCAGCGGAGCGGGGUGAGGGGCUGCGGGAUGCUCUGUGCUCCCCACUUCUGGCUGGGCCGCAGGGGCCCCUGGGUCUCAGGGGCACUGGGGAUCCUGGCUCUAAUGCUUUGUCGUUGCUCAGGCUACAGGGACUAUUCUCCUGAUGAGGGCGUCCUCCCAGAGCAAGAGACACGAGGCACCACAGCGAACGCCAGGGAAGAGCCCAGGCAGCCAGCAGGGUUCGGUGUGGAAGGGCAAACCAUCCCCAUCUUCAUCCACAUGGACGCCACUGAAUACUCCCUGCCCUGCAGCCCUAAGGAGAUGCAUGUGACGAGCCCCACCUACCGAUGGGCCCGGGACAGGAGAGAGUCCCAGUCGCCCUCAGUCAGCGCCCAGGGAGCCCUCAGCUUCCGGCACUUCCAGGGCGGCAGCAGUGGGAAUUACUCCUGCACCGUCUCCUACAAGGAGCACAGAGUCCCGAGGGCUCAAACCUUCCACUACACAGUCCUGGCCUACCACGUGCGCGGUGGUCUGGAGGCCCUGCUCGUCUUCCGGAGCCGGCUCUGCCAGGAGGCGCUGAGGAGGAGGUUCCUGUGGUCUCUGCAGGAGGCCCUGGGCCGGGUGGCCUCUGCCCAGCACUGCCAGCUUGUGCUCAGCAAGUCCUCCUGCUUCCCCACCCUGCAGGAGCCCUGGGAUGAGUUCAACCUCCAGGUACAAUUCCAAGUCUCCCCCUUUGGGCCGCAGUGGGAUAAACUCUGCAACCCCCACAACCAGACACUGGUCAUAAACUGUUACCGCGCGGCGGUCAGGAACAACCUGCUGCAGGCCAAGCUCGCCAUGACCAGGUUCCUGGAGGAGCAUGGGCCCUUCCCCAUCACCGGGGGCGGCGCCCCCCGCGCCAUCUUCAGCAACCGCUUCACCAGCUUCCUGAAGACAGAGCGCUGUGCGGGAGGCUACGGGCUGUCCCUGCAGCUGGAGAUGUGUCCUGACUGCUGCAUCCUGUGCCAGCCAGGCACCUUCAGCGCGCCCGGGAGCAACGAGUGUGCCGCCUGCCCCGUCGGCACCUUUAACCCGCUCUACGGCAGGGCGGUGUGCAGCCGGUGCAAGGCGGGGCUGGUGACCAGGGCCGCGGGCGCCACCUCCGCGGGGGAUUGUGUGGAGGAGGAAGUCCCCGUCCCGCUCAGGAUCCCGGUCAUGGUUCUCAUCAUCCUCUUGCCACCGCUUGGCUGCUCCUGCCUCAUUAUCUUGGGCUGCUUCUGGUGCCAUCGCUGCCGCCAGAAACAGAGAACACCCCCACGGGCCUUUGGAGGGACAGCGGUGACAGCAACUGGGGCACAUGCACCCAUAGCCCCCUAUGCAGCCAGGCCCCCCGACGCUGCUGCAACUGCCCGCGAGACUCUCCCACCGGCCAGGAGUGCAUCUGCAGGGGCUGGCCUGGAGGACACACCCGGAGGCCCAUAUGCUACUGGGGCCCCCUACACUGUGGCAUCAGCCAGCAAGACCAUCUCCCUGGCCAGCAGCCCAGCUGCGGGGCUUGGCAUGGGGGACACACCCAGAGCUCCCGACACUUUUGGGGCCCCUGGUGCUGCAGCUUCCGGUGAGACCCUCCCCCUGGGUGCCAGUGCCUCUGCCUUGGCUGGCCUGCAGGACACACCCAGACCUACCUACGCUGCGGAGGCCCCCGACACUGCAGCACCUGCCAGCAAGACCGUCUCCCUGGCCAGCAGCCCGUCUGCAGGGGCUGGCAAGGACACACCCAGAGCUCCCUAUGCGGCUGAGGCCCCUGGGGAGACCCUCCCCCAGGGCGGCAGUGCCUUCGCUGGGGCCAGCAUGGAGGAUCUCCCUCCUGCUCCCUCCCCUGCAGAGGAACUCAGCAAUGGGGAGUUUGUUUUCCCCUCUCCUCCUGUCUUCGCCUCCCCAGCCGGCUCCAAUGGGAACGCGCGGCGUCCCUCGUGAUUUGCAGUCUCAAUACACUUC